AUGUCCUCUGACAGAGACCUCGAACAAUCCGAGGCUCAGAUCGCGGCUGCCAAGGCUGAGCUUGCGGCUGCCAAGGCGGAGCUCGCGGCCACCCAGGCAGAUCUCGCGGCCACCCAGGCAGAUCUGGCGGUCGUCCAAGUUGAGCUCGCCAGCGUCAAGACUACCAGCGCCCAGUUCGCGAAGCUGCAGGACGAGGAGAACGCCCAGCCGAUGCGCCGCAUCAAGGAUCUCGAGGAUGAUAUCGUCACGGAGACGGCGCGUGAGCUCAUGGCCGGGGGCAGAUUGCUGCCGAUGAUGAAAGACGCGGGAUGGGCCCUCCGUGGGGAGGACGUCAUGCACAUCAUAGGGAUGUCAGAGGGGCGCAACAAGUGCGCGCACCCCGAAGCACACCCUGAUACCCUGCGCCCGCUGUUUCGGAGCCUCUGUCAACAAGAAGAAGCAGCCUUGGUCCCGACUCACCGGGCUUCUUCCCGCGUCACUCUCGACUCGAUUCUGGCUCAAGUCACCCCCGAAGUCGUUCAAGAAGAGAAGAGGAAACAUGAACUUGGCAAACGGCCCCGGCAGCUCGAAGACCCACGUGCUCUCCGUCAUCCGCGGAUCCGUGGCGUGUCCCCCGCCCUAUCGCUGCGCUUCCGCGAAGCCUCUUCCCCCAACGCUCCCCACCACUCUGCCGCCUCCGCCUCCCACCCUCCCCCCGAGACCCCCUUCGCCCUGCCUAAUGGCCCCUGUCUCGCGACCCCUAAAGCGAUCUCGGCGUCAUUGAGCUAA